AUGGCAGCUACGGCUAGCAAGACAGAAAUGCCGACCUUCUCCUACGCACAGGCAGCAAAGGGGUUGGCGGCGCCAAAUACCUCGCAGCAAUCGGCCCAACUCCCUACCGACCAAGUCACCGAGACUUCGCCAGAGGAUGAAUCGAGUAAAGAUUCACAGACCUCGGACACGAUUGUCGCAGAAACAUCCGGAGAUUCUGAGAAACCAGAGUCUGUUGUUGACCACGAGUCCAAGUCGACAACAACCGGCUCUUCCAAGAAUGUUGUUUCCAACACCUCAUCUCCUAGCAUAGGAACCGCGUCGACGUCGACGUUGGCUAAAGAGGACGACAUCCCGGCCAUCCCGAAUGGAACUUCAGAUUCGACCUGGGACAAACAAUCGCAGACGUCAAACCCGACCGACAAGGCAGCCAGUGUAUCCGAGAGCAAGGAUGGUUCUACAAAGUCGGAGAAGGCUGCACAGAAGGAACUCAAAGCAGCCCCGAUUCCUACGGUCAACAUAUGGCAGCAGCGAAAGGAGGCACAAGAUGCCAAGGCCAAAGCCAAUGCUGCUGUGCUGAAAUCGACAGCACCAACCAACAAGACGACCAGCUCGAAGCUGGUUCCACAGACCAACGGAGACUACUCGGAUUCUACAAAGACCGCAAACAAGAAGAAAGCCGCUAACGAUAGUCAAGCGGAUGCUUCAGCCUCGCUGGGAAAAGACCGCAAGCGAACUGAAACCAGAAAACCACAUGAUGAAGGAUCCAAGAAGUCGGGUAAUCGCACCGCUCGUCCGAACGAUGAGGCCUCCCUCCCACCAGUUGCUGAUUCAACUGCUUGGCCUACCCCCCAGACAGCCCUCGGCGAUGAAAAACGAAAGGGUGUGGAAAAGGGUGACAAAGCUGAGAAGAUUGAGAAAACUGCUUCCACCCGUGGCAAGGAGAAAUGGACUCCUGUUCAUUACGUCCCGACCGCUGUUUUCAACACUCCUCUGCCUACUGGCGCUCGACGAGGUGGUCGACCUUCUCGUGGUGGCCGAGACGGUGGCCGAGGUGGUGCUCAUACUUCGAAUAACAACGCAACAGCCGAUCCCAAGACGGCCGCGGCACAGACCGGUCAGCCACUUGUCAAGAAUGCCAACGUACCAGAGCGAGCGCGAAAUGAAUCCAACGCCUCCCGAGCCAAUUCUUUGCCCGCCCAAGGUCGGAAGCCCGCCAACACAGAAGCCAAUGCGCAACCAGAGCAGAAGCGCCCUCAAAAUACCGUGGAUCGCCCACGUGUAGACACUCGCCAGAAGGCCUCCGAGGAUGCCCACCCUACGCCGAAUGGUACUUCCCACUCAGCUGAUGCGACCCCUAAGCCUCAUCGCGAAAACCGACUGGCUAAAGCCCCCGAAUUCACGCCGUCGCAAAAUUCUCGACCAGGAAAUGCGCCGUCUGAGGGUCAGGCAGCCCGCCACCCCAACGAACGUCGAUUCGAUGGUCCAGUCCGAUCCGGAGACGCUUCUCGUGAGGCUAAUGGCUUCGUUCCACGCGAGCGAGAGCACCGAGAAUUCAACCGCGAUAAAGGCGAUUAUCAGCGAGAACACCCCAAGGAACGGGGCGAUUCGCGACCUGAACGAGGUCGCGGUGGAUACCGAGGCCGAGGAGGACAUUCGUAUGGUGCAGGCUCUCAAAACCAGCAUUUCCAAAACUCACAGCACCAAUUUGUCCCACCCAACAAGUCGUUUGGGUCCAACGAUCGUUCGCGCCCGCAGCAACAAAACUUCCAGAAUGGAGCGCAACCACAGCACGCAAACCAUCGACUGCCAUUGCGAUCACCUUCCGCACCGAACUCGGCUGGAGUGUACGGUUCCUUUCCUCUUCAAGAAAUCAACACUGUAUACCCUAGCUAUCAAAACGUGCCUUCUGGCCCAAUGACUGCGGUACCGUUCCAGCCCUACACGGAGCCAUUUGGCUUAAUGUCAUUGAUUCAACUGCAGCUGGAAUACUAUUUCUCGGUGGAUAAUCUCUGCAAGGAUUUGUAUCUCCGUAAACACAUGGACUCGCAAGGUUUCGUGCGCUUGGCCUUCAUUGCCAGCUUCAAACGGAUCAAGUACCUCACUGAAGACUACGAACUGCUGCGUCACUCCUCCCGCCAACUGAAGAACGCCGAUUACCAGUUUAGCGAGGAUGGACAGGAUCGUUUGCGCCCCAAGGACAAGUGGGAGCAAUGGGUGCUUCCUCUUGACCAACGUGAUCCAUCUGCUCAGAACGACGGAUAUCUGCCUGCCCAGUUCCACCCAGAGGCAAAUCAACACGUUGAAAACAUGGCCGCGCCUUUGACAAAUGGAUUCGGUCAUCACGGCGCACACACUCCUCCGAAUGGAAUUCCCAAUGGCAACCAUGAUUAUGCCGCUUCUCGCACGACAUUGUCUACGAAUGCCCCAGAAUUCACGCCGUUCGUGCCGGGUGUUCCUCAAAAUGAGAUAUUCAAUGUAGGUCGCUUCCCUAUAGGAACCCACACAGCCCGUGUUUAA